GAAUCAUACACUUCUAAGCGUGCACCGUAGAGAGAUAGAGAGAGAAAAUGGUCGAAGAGAGGGAGGAAGUGUUCGUUGCUUUCGUUGAUUUGGGAGAGACUCUAACAGUGGUGGGGGAUGGAUGCUGCCAGGAGCUGGUUUCAUAAGUUUCGGAAUAAAGACAGGGCAAAGUUCAGCAAUAAAAAGAAAGAUGAUGGAAAGGAUGGGAAUGAACCUCCCAUUGAUGAGGAACCUUCAAAUGCUACCAAACAGAGGGUUGCUGCUGCGAAACAGUAUAUAGAAACUCACUAUAAAGAGCAAAUGAGGAGCUUGAAGGAACGGAGGGAAAGACGAUACAUUCUCGAGAGAAAUUUGGCUGAUGCUAACAUGUCCAAAGAAGAGCAGAAUAGCAUCCUCAAAAAAUUGGAAAGAAAGGAGACGGAGUACAUGAGACUUCAGAGGCAUAAAAUGGGAGUUGAUGAUUUUGAUUUACUGAUAAUGAUAGGCAAAGGUGCAUUUGGUGAGGUUAGAAUUGUUAGGGAGAAGGCAACGGGUACUAUAUAUGCAAUGAAGAAACUCAAGAAAUCAGAGAUGCUAAGACGAGGCCAGGUUGAACAUGUAAGAGCUGAGCGAAACAUUCUUGCAGAGGUUGAUAGUAAUUGUAUUGUUAGACUUUAUUGUUCAUUUCAAGACAGUGACUUCUUAUACCUCAUAAUGGAGUAUCUACCUGGUGGGGACAUGAUGACAUUGCUUAUGCGGAAGGAUACAUUGACUGAGGAUGAGGCCAGAUUUUAUAUAGGAGAGGCUGUUCUUGCUAUUGAAUCUAUUCACAAGCACAAUUACAUUCACAGAGAUAUCAAGCCUGAUAAUCUUUUACUGGAUAGAAAUGGUCAUCUGAAGUUGUCUGAUUUUGGGCUAUGCAAGCCUUUAGACUCUAGUUAUUUUAACGAAAGGGAAUGUACUCUUGAAAAAAACUACAGUACUGGCUCCUUGCAAAAUGAAAGAAAGUUAUCAACUCCCAAGCGCACACAACAAGAGCAAUUACAACACUGGCAGAGGAACAGAAGAACAUUGGCUUACUCAACUGUUGGUACACCUGAUUAUAUUGCUCCGGAAGUUUUGUUGAAGAAGGGUUAUGCAAUGGAAUGUGAUUGGUGGUCGCUUGGAGCUAUAAUGUAUGAGAUGCUUGUCGGCUAUCCUCCAUUUUAUUCUGAUGAACCUAUGACUACAUGCAGGAAGAUAGUUAACUGGAGAACACAUCUGAAAUUCCCUGAUGAAGCUAAGUUAUCUCCACUAGCAAAAGACCUUAUAAGUAAGCUCUUAUGCAAUGUAGAUCAGAGGCUUGGCUCAAAUGGUGCAUAUGAGAUAAUGAAUCAUCCUUGGUUUGAAGGUGUUGAAUGGGAUAGGUUAUAUGAAAUGGAAGCUGCCUUCAUACCAAAUGUCAAGGAUGAAUUGGACACCCAAAACUUUGAAAAAUUUGAAGAGUCUGCAGCCCCAGCUCAAUCUUCAUCAAGACCAGGACCAUGGAGAAAGGUAAGUACUCUCUCCUGUCAUCUUUUGGUACAAGUAAACCGUAUCUUCCAUAUUUUCUUGAAGAAAUAUAGGAAUGCUAGGAAGUAUGAAACUUAAAUGUGUCAUAGAGCAAUUUACCCUAGUUGGAAAUCGUAGUAAUUAUUCUUGGACAUAACUCAAUCGUAAAUAUCAUGUCUGAUAUAACUAGCUACUUGUCAUGGAUUUUGAAGGUCAGUUCUUUCGGUUAAAUAUCAAUUUAGGCGAUCCAAAGAAUCUAUUGCAACUCUGUAUUAUUUCCCUGUAAAGAUUUAUCAAGUAAAAUAUUAAUAUCUAUGAGUUGUUUCUUAUCAUAGAUCAAAGUAGGAACUUUUGCGGACCAAAACUAAAUCAUCAUCAU